CUAUAAUACCGUCACUGGAAAGAUCGAGAAGGAAAAUUAAUUAUUGGAAAAGAAAAAAAGGGGGAUAAUAUCAUUCUUGAGUUCAAACUCCACCUCAUCAUCCGGAAAAAUCUAACAUUUUAUGUAAAAUAUUAAUAUGAACGUUAAUUAAAAAUAGCAAUUAGAUUUUACUAGUUCUUCGGGAGGAAAGAAAAAAACAACCUGUUGCAAGAUGUAAUUACAGUUUAGUAAAAUAAUAUCAAGGCAAAACUGGGUUACCUAGGCAACUAAAUCAUCACGUGAUCGUUCCACUGCAGCUUCAGUAGUGAAGUUACCUCUAGUACUCCUAUAGUAGUAUCGAAUAUAUAUACCAUGAUAAGCGAACUUGUAGUUUGACGACUUCGAAUGGGCAUACGAAUAUCAUCUAUCUACAGACAGACGGUUGUUGAAGGAACUGGUAAACUAGACGUAGGUGAAUUCGAAUUGCAGCUGUUUGAUUCUCGCUACAUGUUAAAGAAAACAGUUGAAAAAAGAAGGUGGAAUGGCUGGAUUAAGCCGUCAUGUAUUCCCAUAUCAAUCAUCUUUAUUUUGAUCGUUCUAGUUGUUUUAUUACCGCUACUCGAACAGAAACAUGAUAACAAGGAUAAUGCGGUCGCUCCUGUUGAUAAUUGCACAGAUACCUGCUGGGCAAGUAUAGUGGAAAGCAUUCCUGAAAAUCUAACUUAUCCUGCAGGAUCUCCACAGCAUUUGUCAACUUAUGAAGGAUGGAUGAAUUUAAUUGGUAUGGCACAGAAUACUAUUGAUAUUGCUUCUUUUUAUUGGACUUUAAGGGGAAAUGAUGUUAUACAAGAUCCCUCUGACUGGCAGGGUGAAAUGAUAUUUAAAGAAUUACUUCAAGCUGGGACUGAACGGAAAAUUAAUAUAAAUAUAGCACAAAAUAUUCCAUCAAAAAGUUAUUCUGACAAUGAUACUAAAGAAUUAGAAGCAAAAGGUGCUGCUACUGUAAGAAAUCUCAAUUUUACAAAACUUCUUGGAAGUGGAAUCCUUCACACUAAAUUUUGGAUAAUAGAUAAUCAACAUUUCUAUAUUGGAAGUGCAAAUAUGGAUUGGAGAGCUCUAACUCAGGUAAAAGAGUUGGGUAUUAUUAUGUAUAACUGUAGCUGUUUAGCUAAAGAUCUAAAGAAGAUAUUCGAUGCCUAUUGGUUAUUAGGGAAAACGGAAAAAAUUCCACUUCAUUGGCCUGCCAAAUUUGAAACUUCUUUCAAUAAAUAUCAUCCAGCUUUAUUAAAUAUAAAUGAUUCAUAUACAAAUGUAUAUCUCUCUAGUUCACCCAUUGAAUUUUGUCCCAAAAGUAGAACAACAGAUCUUUCAAGCAUACUUGAUAUAAUUUAUAAGGCUGAGAAAUUCAUUUAUAUUUCUGUUAUGGAUUAUUUUCCUGCACUUAUCUAUUCAAAACAUUUAAGAUACUGGGCCACAAUAGAUGAUGCAUUAAAGGAAGCAGCAAUCAAUCGAAGAGUGAAUGUGAAAUUGCUUAUAAGUCACUGGAAUCAUACUCGUCCAGUGAUGCUUUCAUUUUUAAAGUCACUUCAGAUUCUAAACAGCAAAGAAAUUCCCAUUGAAGUGAAAUUGUUUGUUGUGCCAAGUUUUACUCCAUCGCAGUCUAAAAUUCCAUUUGCCAGAGUAAAUCAUAAUAAAUAUAUGGUAACAGAAAAAACUGGUUAUAUAGGUACAUCGAAUUGGUCAGAAGAUUAUUUCAAAUCAACAGCAGGUGUUGGAUUCAUUGCUGAUAAUGUAAAUAGUUCAUAUGCUUCACCUAUUCAGCAACAACUUGAAUCUAUAUUUGACAGAGACUGGUUUUCUGAAUAUGCUCAUUCUCUCGCAGAUUUUGAUGAUUUUAGAUGAUUCUUGUUUUGAUUGAUGAAUUAGGUGAUUUUAUUAAAGUAUAUAUAUAUAU